GAGCAAUAAAAUUGUCCGGUGAACAGAAGUUUUGAGAUUAAGUAUGGAAAGGGCUCGUGUCUUUGCACUUACCAUUCUUACAAUUUUGAACACUAUGAUGGCUUGUUGCGAGAGUAACUUUACUCAAGUGGAUUCUAAUUCAAGCUGCGUGGGAGCAUUUCCUCCAGUAAACGCUUCUACGAGAAAUGCUUCCUGUGUAUUCUACGAGUAUAAAGGUGACCUUUGCGACAACAUAACCACAAGUUUGUAUGUUUAUGGUGAUCAGUCCAUAUUGAAAUUUGGUGAAAUAGAAACGGAGAGCACCUAUGAUUUUCUCAAAUUUAUAAAACCCUCACCGAAGUGCAUGCUCGUGGUUAAAGACUUGAUUUGUCACUAUUAUUUCCCUUCGUGUGAUGAAUCAUUGGGGAUGCCCACAAAACGUCGCAUUUGUAGUAGCUCGUGCGAUUAUUUGGUCCAAGUCGCUUGUGAAAAAGAAAUGGUAAAAAUCAGAGAUGUAUCGUCCCUUAAAGUCUACAUGGACAUCUUAGAUUGUUCGAUCCCGAUUUUUGAUUCUGCUAAUGGUGGUGACGCUCCUGAGUGCUAUCAAUGGUACGAUCUCCCUGGUGAUGACACUGAGAGUACAGAUUGUUACUAUGGUGUGGGAGUUGGUUAUCGUGGCAACGUAAACAUAACUCAGUCUGGCCGUCCAUGUCAGCCUUGGAAAUCCCAGUGUCCUCAUCGUCACUGGCGGAUUCCUAGAGAUGUUGCUAUUUCAAAAUAUGACUCGAACAUGUGUCGUAACCCGGACAGCAGUGCGCCGAAUGGACCCUGGUGUUAUACCACUGACCCAAAUGUUCGAUGGGAAUAUUGCAAUGUAUCUCGAUGUGCGCUCAGAGUUCCAGAAGAGGCUCCCACACUCCUUAACGGCCGUCCUUUCAAUUCAACCGCGAUUUUAAUCUCUUGGAAGAACAUACCGCCUUCUCGUCAUAAAGAAAAACUGUUGGGUUACCGGAUUCAAUACCGGAGCCUCUGGUCCGAGAUCUAUGAAGAAAUAAAUACCACCAGUAACUUGGCGCAAGAUGUUAUUACACAACUCCGUCCAGACACAGCAUACGUGAUUAUGGUCAAUGGCUUUAAUCAGAUUGGCCACGGGCCAACGAGCUCGGUCCUUGUCUUAAAAACCCUAUCCUCUGGUGAAUACAUAUUUGAGGUGGACUUCCAGCUAAUAAUCGACUCUAACUUCACCAACGAUCUACUCAAUAGUAGCAGUAAAAGGUUCUUGGAAAUGACCGAAGUCAUAAGAUUUUCAAUAAAACACCACUUCAAUGAAUCUUCUAUGUUGAAGAUAUAUGACGUAGUAACUAUGCAGUUCAGAAAUGGCAGCGUAAGGGCAGACAUUAAAGUCCUUGCGACAAUAAAUAAAAACACAACGGACAAAGAUGAUGCUCUGAAUCAUUUGAUAGGAGGGGUGCGUUCGUCAUUUGGAGAUCGACUUAAAGUUACUUCCAUAUUGGUUCAGGAAACACCGAGGCCUCCGAAAAAUUUUUCCGUGAGGAAUACACAGUCAACAUACUUUAUUUUGUCUUGGGAAGAGCCAGAAUAUAACAGCUUAUACCAAGUACGCGACUACAUCAUAGAACGAAAGAUAUCAAGACUGAAGAACUUUACCGCCAUUUGGACAGUUCCAUACCCUGAAACCAGAAUGAUUAUAAAGAACUUAGAUCCCUCCACAGAAUACACCAUCAGAAUAUCAAGCAACAACAUGUAUGGAAGGUCAAAGGGUGUACUGUUAACACAGAACACACUACCAGACAGAUUCCUCAGAGAUUUGAUGUUGGUUAUGGUCUUGCCCUUAUUCUUGGCAUCUGUAUUCAUAUUGGGCGUUUGCUUAAAGUUUCGGCCAAUAUGUAAAUCAAAACAGAAGAAAGAAAAGAUUGAAUUCUCCAUUGAGUUUGGAAACUGGGUUGAAAUUCCCGAGUCAGAUGUCACUCUCCAAGACAAGCUGGGAGAAGGUGCGUUUGGGGAAGUUUACAAAGGCUUAGUGCGCGUGGAUGGAAAAGAGAGAGCAUGCGCAGUAAAAAAGCUAAAAGCGAAUGCCACAGAAACAGAGAGAAGGGACUUGAUAAACGAGCUCGCAAUCAUGGUCACAGUUGGUGGACAUCCUAAUGUCUUGAGUCUUAUUGGAGCUUGUACCAAGACUGAGUCAGUAUUGGUGAUUGUUCGUUUGGCCCCAAAUGGCUGUUUGUUGGACCAACUAAAGAGGAACAGAAUAGAUCUAUAUUACAAUGUUACGGAUAAACAGAUAGAAUUCACUCCUCAAGACAAAGUGAAGAUAGCCAGAGAUGUAGCCUGUGGAAUGUUACACCUAGCCAACAAAAAGUGUGUUCAUCGUGACCUUGCAGCAAGAAACGUGCUUCUUGGCGAGAAGAAUGUUGCCAUGGUUUCCGACUUUGGCUUGUCACGUGAUGUGUACGAAAGUGGUGAAUACGAAAAUACAUCCGGGGGAAUGUUACCAGUUCGUUGGAUGGCUCUUGAGUCUUUGGAGGAUUACACCUACAACACUAAGACAGACGUGUAAGGAAAAACUGUAAGAAAUUGUGAGGGAAAGAUAACAUCGUAAAGCUAUCUGUUAAUAGUUAAAAAUUGAGGCCGGGUACUUUUAUUAUAUGCACUGUUAUGAUAUUAUAAUAUGUUUAGACAACAGCAUUAAAUGCAUGAUUUCUUUUAUCAACUCGAUUGCAAAAACAGUUGAAUGGUGAACGAUGUGAUACUACGAUUUUAUAGGUCAGAUGUACGUGAUGGCCAUUAUUAAUUGCAUGGAAACUAUCUAAGCUUUCCCAAGAAAAGGAUCAUCAUAGGAAAAAAUUUUAAGUAAAUAAUGAGAGAAAUGAGUGACUGAUUAGGUAACUGGCGAACAUUUCCCAUGACGCCAUUGAGGCUUGUCGUUUAUGGAUCAUGCUUUGAGGGGUCUCGAGGUUUUUCAGUUUUUCUAAUUACAUCGA